AUGGCGUUUGUAUCAGGAGGCGGUGGUGGUGGAAUACCGCCAGAGCAACCGUCUGCGAGCUCUACAUUUACUAAUCCCCAAUAUAUUGUGAGUUUUAUUAAACGAUUUUUUGUAUAAAAUCUAUUUUUGGGACAAAAAUUGGUCUAAUAUCUGAUUUUGUUGUCAUUUGUGUCAAAGAGUCAUGUGAUUUCCGCGAGAAAAAGACAAUGAUAGAGAGAAAAAAAGAGAGAUAAUUUCGCAACUUUUAUAUGAUUUUAUAUCAAUUUUAAACGGUUUUUUCUGUUGUCCUAGGAAUAGAAAUAGUGGAGCGAGCCAAGAUUUUUUUCUUUGAACUUUUAAUGUCACGCAUUUGUGACGCGCAAAGAAUAGAAAAAAAAGAAAACAAACAUUGUCUGCCAGUGAGUUCAAAAAACGAGAUUGGGCUAUUCAACCGAGAGAAGGGAAAAAACUCAUUGUGUUACGUCAUUUAAUGUGAUGAAAAGGUCGGUGGUAAUUAUCAUAAUGGCCAAGAAAAGGAAGCAUUGUGUGCAUUUUUUUGCAAGUGUGUUCCAAAAAAUUAAGUUGAUUUUCGGUUUUUUGGGAAGAAAAUUAGAUUUUUUGAGUCUGCUGAAUUUGGAGAAUUUCAUUAAAAAUUAAUCCGAUUUUAAAGCACCACACUAGACUUUUUUCGAGAAAUGUUUGAAAAUAUUCAUUAACAAAAUUCAGUUUGAAUUGAGUAAGAAAUCGCUUUAAACUAUUAAAAAUUCUUUUUUAUUGUUAAGGAUCGCAUCACUUUAUUACAAAAUUGUAGCACAGAAAUAUUUUUUGAGAAAGUGAUGCGAUUUUAUUUUUACAAUAUAAGUUUCAUCAUUUUAAAAAUAUUUUUAUCAAGCUGGUUUUUUGGUUUUUGAUUCUGUGAAAUUUCUAAAAUUUCAUUACUCAUUAAUUAGAUUUUGACUAGACAUUAUUUCGAAAAGUUUUUGUUUUUGACGGAAGUGAUGUGAUUUUUUUCGAAAACAUCAGAAAUAGUUUCAUUUUGUUUGAAAAACAUGAUCAAGUUGGUUUUUGGUACUACUGAGUGUCACGAAUAAUAUUGAAUUAAUUAGAUUUCGAAGCGCCACAAAAUUAGGGAAAUAGUUUUCGGGCCGAAAGUGAGGUUUGCAGAAAAAAAUUGCGCUUUGUAGGUUUCAAAAAAUUAAAAAUGAUUCUUGGUUCAUUUAAAAUUAAUUGAAUAUAAAUAGAUCAUUUUUGAAAUUGACACAAGAAGCUUACACAGUUCCAGGUUUUGAGGCUUUUUUCAUAUGCCUAAAACUUAAAUUUCUUUUAUAUCAAGAAUUUCACUUGAAAUAAUUAAAUUUCAAAACACACGAAACCUAUACAUAAUGUCAAAAAAGAUCAUACAAAACGUUUUUUUUCGACAUAAUUGUUGUGGGCGGAAAUGAUGUUAUUCGACAUAUUUUUUGUAUUUCCCGAACAGACAAAACACAUACAAAAAUUUUAUAUCAUCAAAGAUCAGCUUAUAUGAAAACGCAAAAAUAGAAAAAAACGUGUACUUUGAUCCAACCUGUCACAUGUCAUUCACAUGAGGUUUAUUUUAUUUGAUAUGUUUUAUUUCAGGAUCAGCAACAACUUUUGAAUUUGUUGCUUCUUCAACAAAGUUUGCAACUUCAGCAACAACAGCAACAGCAAAUAGUUCAGAAACCACCAUCACAACCUCAGCCACAGCCUCAACCUUCUCAACAACAUCAAAUAUCCGCAGCAACUGCAGCUGCUGCUCAAAAUGUUGCCAGUAAUCCAGGCAUGUAUUUGCAGUUACUUCAAUUACAGCAACAGCAGCAGCAAGCACAGGCUCAGGCCCAAGCGCAGGCUCAGGCUCAGGCUCAAGCACAAGCUCAAGCCCAAGCUCAGGCCCAGGCUCAGGCUCAAGCACAAGCUCAGGCUCAAGCACAAGCCCAGGCUCAAGCCCAAGCUCAACAACAAUCACAGCAAAAUCAAUUAAUACAAACAUAUCAACAGGUUGGUCAUUUUUUAAAUCAGAUUUGGAAAAAUAAAACAAAAAUAUGUGAUAUAAAUAAAUAAUUGUACGUUGUAUGAAGCGCGGAUCAUCACUUUGGUCUUUUUCUCUCAUUGGCGUUAAGGAUUCCUUUUUUUGUUUGAUAAGACUUUUUGUUGUUGAAUGAUCUUUGGUAGUUGCGGAGAUGACGUCAUCAAAUGUGUUCGCAGGAAACAAAAAUGAGAGAAAAAGAGAACAAAAAGAUUAUGAUAGUGAGAUGAAUUUCAAGAGUUUUGAACCGUUUUUUUUCAGAGAUAAGAAUAGUUUUUUGUUGAUAAUCGGAGAAGAUAAAGGAGAAGCUUACAAUUGAUUUUGUGAGAGAGUUCGCAAAAGGGUUAUCAAUUUUGUAUCGUAGUCUAUUUUGAACUCACAAAUGACUUCAUAAAAUUUAUCUAUAGCACUGUUUUGUACAAAAAUAUUGUAUAAAUUGUGAAAUUUUCAUUAGGUUUUCAGUUUCAGGAAAAAUAUGCUUUAGUUACGAAAACCAAAUUUCAAAAAAUAUCACAUAGCAUUUUUUUUAAUCAAAAAAAGCAUUCACAAACUUUUUUCCAGCUUGCUCAACAACAAAAAGUACAACAAGCUAAGCAGCAACAGCAUCAGCACCAAGUUCAGCAAGUUCAGCAACACAUUCGACCUCAGUCCCAACAACAAAACGCUCAAUAUGCUCAUCUCGUAUCUCAUCCCCAGCCAUCAUCUUCAUCCGCCUUUCAAAGUCAAUCAACAUCUGGAAAUAUGGAAAAUCAUAUUUUCGCACAAGAGAAAUUGAUGAAUUAUUAUGCCGAGCAUCAGCAGCAAAAUCUUUUGACUGCAAUGCAGCAAAGGGAAAUUGAACAGGCAAAACUAUUUGCCGCCAAGACUAAUCAAUUAGAACAGGCUCGAGAAGCCGAGUUGCAAAAAGUGCAAGCGUUAGCUCAAGCUGCUGCGGCGGCUGCGGCAGCAGUUGCAAGAGCAAAUACUCCAGCUCGACCCGCUGCAACAACUCCGAUGGUUAUCACAAUUCCACCACAACCAACCCAGCAACAAGCACAAAAACAACAGCCAAGUCAACCUCAAUCAUCGUCUCAAACGACACCAACAAAAGCGCCAAAUAUGUCAAUGACGGAUCACAUCAACAAAAUAAUUUCUGAAAACGAAGUUAUUAUGCAGGGUGAUCCGGUAAGUUGAAAAACAAAUAUCAAAAAUUAUCCCGUUCAAUCAUUUUCCUGAAAUUUGGUUACUCGAAAAAAUCGGAAUUUACUUAUGAAAAACACUGUGACGUGGGGAAAAUAUACAAUUUUGAUUCAAAAAUGAAUAGUUUUCAAAAUAUGAUUCUCAAGUGUGUGAUAAAAAUGUUUUCUUGAACUCUGAACAAGAUAUGUUUUUGAAAUUUGAUAUCAACAAUAUCAGGAAACAUGAUAUUUUUCUUUUAAAAAAUCGCGAUGUUCAAAGUUUUUCGUUUCUGUCCUCAAUCUAUUUUUGUCACGUCAUUUUUUUCGAACAAUUUCCUGAUUUUUGGGUAAAUCUGAUCAAACUUCAAGAAAAAUUAAACUUCCCCCUUUUUCAUCCUCCAAUAAUAAUAAUAAUAAUGUUUUUUUACAGUUUCAAAUGAUUCGUAAAAAACGGCCGUAUCAUCGGCAAGUAGGUGCGCAAUCUUCUGUUGAUUAUGACAGUAAUAGUGGUGGUGAGUUGUGCGGUGGUUGUGUUUCUUUAAUAUUUUUCUGUUGUUGUUUUUUAUGACAACAAGAAAAAUAACUUCUUCUAAUUUCAUCUAUUCACUUGUAAUCACUCACUUAUUGAAUUUUAUCACACAUGAACACAUAAUUAUCUGUAUAUUAUUUUGUAUCUUCUCGAAUGAUAAUGUUUUUCUCAGGAUCAACACGAACUUCACCGGGACCAAAAGACAAUCGGAUGUUGCAAGCAGCUAGUCGAAGUCACAGUCUUUUCGAACUUUCUGGUCAACGCAACUUUCUCGGAAGUUUAACUUCCGGCCAACCAGUUAGAGCUCCAAUCACUGCACCAGAAUGUGUUUAUUGCAAACUGACUUUUCCAAAUGAUGCUGGAUUGCAAGCACACGAGAUGGUGUGUAGCAAGAAGAGGGAUAAUGGAAAAACUGCUGAACCAUUGGCACAAACAUCAGCCCUUCACGUAGUGACACCGCAAGAGAAUUCGGCUGAAUCAUCAGCACCAUCUUCUGAGACUCAACAUCAUAGACACCCUUUAAAACGGCGGAUAUUGGCAGCACAUGCUGCGCAAGAAGCUGCAAUGUCAUCGCAGAAUAAUUCACCGAGACCAACACCUACACCUUCGCAACCACAUAAUGAGCCACCGGUUAAAUUGAGGAAGGAAAAUAGCAAUGAACUUGAUUACAGUACCAUGCAACCGAAUUUUGUUCGGCGUGCUACAGUGCAAGGGUUUCCAGAGUCGGCUUUACAACCGCAACAACAGUUGAUAGUUGCACCUGCUCCGCAACCAAAACAACCAACUCCUCAACCACAAAUCCAACAGCCUCAAGCUCAACUUCCUCUUCUUCCCCCUCAACCGCAGCAGCAACAACAGCAACCACCGAUUCAAUUAAAUCAAGCUGCAAUUCUUGCCCAAAUUGCUCAAAUUGGUGCUGGAAAUAUGACUGAAGGACAAUUAGUUCAACUUGCAGCAAUUCUCAAUAUUCCCGUGCAAACCUUAUUGGCACUUGCUCAUAAUAUGCAAAUGAUGGCUCAACAACAGCAAGCUCAACAGCAGCAACAGCAACAAUUGUUGCAAGCUGCGAAAUUGCGCGAGCAACAACUUUUGCAACUUCAGCAGCAGCAAGAACAGCAAAAGGCGAAGGCAAGAGCAGAAGCUUUGAUUCAACAACAACAGGCUUAUCAAGCGGCACAACUUGUUCAAGCUGCUCAAUUGGCUCAAUUGGCACAACAGCAAGCUCAAGCACAAGCGCAGGCUCAAGCACAGUUGCAACAACAGCAUCAGCAAGCGCAAAUUCAAGCUCAACAACAAUCAAGUCAUCAAGAAAACCGGAGAUAUGGAUCGGCAUUCCAAGCAACUCAAUUUACAAAAGAUGCAGCAGCUGCUAUUGCAUCUCUGACAUCUUCGAAAAAAGGAGUUGUUCCGCCAACACAACAUCAUCAAGUUGCGAUAAGUUCACCAGUUGCAAUCACAACUGCUUCACCUUCAUCUUCAACAAGUUUUAUGCCAGUAGUUAGUAAUGCACAAAAUCGAGCAUUGAGACAAGAAGAAAUAUUGAUGGGUGAAUUGCCAGUUCUUGAUGGAAAUGUUGAUAAACCAUAUUGGUUAGUGUUGAAAGAUGAAGUUGGUGAAAGACCUUCGUUUAUGGGAACUGAUUGUUCUGGAUCAAGACGUCUUCGCGGUCGAAAUAUCACAAGUGAGACAUAUGUUAGUAUGCAUCGAGCACAACCAAUGUUUGUUGAACAAAAAGGCAAUUUAUCGAUGUAUUCAAAUUGGCAACAAAUAAACAUCAAUGAGGCUGAAUCAAAAUUGAAUUUAUUGUUCAUGGGAAUGUGCUCAACAAAACCAAGAACUGGUGUCAAACCAUUUUGGAGAUAUACAAUUGCAAAUCGAGAUCAAGGACAAUAUCGAAUGACACAUUCAUCAUUUUGGGAUUUGAGUGCGAAAAUGAGAAUUCGACAAUCAUCAAUAAAUGAAGAGAAAUUCGAUGAAGAAAAAGAUGAUGUUCUCAUUGAACGGUUAAUUGGAGGAUCUUUAACCACUGCUCAAAAUAUGACUGACUUUGGAGGAAUGGUUUUGAAAGUUCCAAAAGUUGAAAUUAUGGAACAAGAUGAUCCACAAUCAACAUCUUCUUCGCCGAUAAUUGUUACUGAUUCACCAAUAGCAAUGUCACCAGUUCCAAUUGUGAAGCAAGAGAACGAGUGAGUUUUUUAGAAUCAGAAAACAGUUAGAGCUAAAUCAAUAAAAAGUUUUCCAGCUUCAUUAAUGUGAUUGACGAUGAAAAAGAGGAAGAAGUUGAACAAAAACCCAUCUUCAGAAAAUCAGUUCAUAAUUCCCAACAACAACCAAAACAAUUAAGAGUUCGACCAAAACAUGAUCAAAUAAUUGGUGGCCAUCGUACAGACGAGGUAAAUUUUUGGCUUCUUUCGCACAAAUCACCAGAAUUAUUUUUGUUUCAUCAUCAUUAUUAUUUUGAGUGAUUGUGUCAAAACUUCUACAUCUCUAUUUUCAAUAUUUUUUCACACAAAAGUUUUUCAAAAAAAAACUGAAAUACUUUUUUUCUUCUGACAUAAAAAAUCAUAAAUCUAUGAUUUUUAGGUCUACGUGUAUGUUCGUGGUCGUGGGCGUGGAAGAUAUGUUUGUGAUCGGUGCGGAAUCCGCUGCAAGAAACCCAGCAUGCUCAAAAAACACAUCAAGUAAGAUGAUUGUUUUUUGAAUCUUUCUCUUCUACUUUCUUUUUUGUUUUUUUUUCAAUCUUGUAGUGGAGACCUUGGGUGAAUUGCACAAAUUAUAUAUGUUUUCAAUUUCAGGUCGCACACUGAUAUUCGUCCUUACAAAUGUUUACAAUGUAAUUUUUCUUUCAAAACUAAAGGCAAUUUGACAAAACAUUUGAGCUCAAAAACUCACCUACGACGUAUAAAUAACUGUAAGUUUUUUCAAGAAAAAAAUUGGAUUUUAUUCAAAAUUUAUUAAAUCUUGUAGUGUCAUCAAACGACGAAGAUAAUGACGAUCAUAACGAAAAUGAACAUGGUCUCAACGAUUCUCGUGAUACUUCACUAUUCGAUUACGAUGUCAAUUCUUCAGACGAUGAAGAUGGCGAAGAGCACAUUUCCGCAGAACACAAUUACAACUUUGGACAAGAACAUAUUUUAUUGGAACGUACUGCCCAUACGCCUCCAACGCGAUGGAUGUUGGUGGAAGAUGGUGUCAGCAGAUCACGUCCAACAAAUUUGGAAAUGCGUAGAAAUUGCUUCAGUGCUCCACCUUCAUCAAUGCAGAGAGAUGCGGAUGAUAUCACAAUUAAUCCUGUGCCAAACACUGUUACUGGAUCACCUGUGGCUUCUUCUCGUUCUCAUGCAACUGCUCCUUUUCAAUCAUCCAACACUCAAUAUUCUCCACCAAUUCCACAAGUUUUUACAAUUCCUGUAAAUCCACUUGUCUCACUUGCUGCUGGAAAUUCGUUAUAUUUGAAUAAGGAUGAAACAUUGAAAUGUGAUCAGUGUGAUCGAACAUUUCGGAAAGUGUCGGAUUUGAACUAUCACCAACAUACACAUAAUAUCGAGAAGCAACAAAAUCGCAAUCGAAUGUUUCAAUGUUCAGAAUGUCGAAUUCCACAAAGAACAAAAGCAUUGUUAGCCAAACAUAUGGAAACAAUUCACGGAAUUCAUGUAAGCUUAUCAUAUAUUUUCAGAAUAUAAACUAGUACAAAAAUAAAACGUCCGACUAACGCUGCUCUUCAUUCUUGUCUUCAAAUUAUAGUAUUUUUUUGCUCAACUUUUUUUCGGUCAAAAAUUUGCAAAAAAAGUUUUCCAGUUUUACAAAUCCAUAUUUUUCUAGUCGUUCGAUCCGUUUUUGGAAUUAAGAAAUAAGAAAACUAAUUUACGUUAAAUUUUGAAUUAAAAUCUAGGGCAAAGCAAUAUGUCGAGCGAACAAACAGAUCGAGAGAUAUAUUUUGUUAAUUUCAGAUGGAUGAUUCGAUAACUGCCAGUAUUGAUCCAUCAGCAUCAACACAAUCAGUUUUGGGAGGUGGCACACAUUCAUUGUCAAAUAAUCCAAGAUCGUUCAUGUGCUCAGAUUGUGAUAUUGGAUUUAGAAAACACGGAAUUCUUGCAAAACAUCUGCGAUCAAAAACGCACGUGAUGAAAUUGGAAACACUUGGAAAGCUGCCGGAAGAUACAUUAUCUCUAAUAACCAAAAAAGAUAAUGGAGCUUGUUUGAAUGAGAUUGAUACAACUGAUUGUGAAAGAGCCAGGCAAUCAUUAUUAGGUUAGUUUUUUUUUAGAGAAAGCGAGAAUUCGUAGUUUAGUAAAAAUGCGAAAUUGAACAAUUCUAGCCAUCGUUGACAGUAUGCGUCAUGAAACCUGCCUUCAUCUAACUUCUUCAACUACAGCUAUUCAAUCUGGCGUUGCCAAUCCGAAUUCUUCGAUCAUUGGUGUCGCUGCUGCCUCCGCCGUCACCGCCACACCUGUUUUGGUGAGUAGCGGUCAAACAACAUCAACGAGUAGUAAUUCGAAUCUCAUCAGCAAUCUUAA